UUUUUGACAGUGGAUUACAGUAAAGUACCACGUUCAAGUGGAGAUGGCAUGGAGUAUUCUUCUAGUAAUUCCAGCGAUGGAAGUAUCUCUGAGGCGAGUGAUGAUAGUGAACCGUCGCAAAGAAAAAUUACAUCUUUACCAACAACUACAAAAAGCCAAAUGUUUGGAAACAAAGCAGUUUGUUCCUCUACUGGGAGAAAAACCGUGUCACAACCAAAGAACUGUCAAGAAAAACAGAGGAAUACAAAUACUCAAGACAUACUUAACCACCAGAUUCAAAGUGGACAUGGUUACUCACCAACAUCUGUCUCUAGAACUGAAAAUAAACAUUAUGCAGAAAAUGAUGAACACCCCAAACCUACGGCAAUUUAUCGACAAAACUCAACAAAUAUUUUACUGCAAGGUGCUGAGUUAUCGAGAUUAGACCAACAGUUGGGAAUAUCAUUAAAAGGAGAUGAUCAAGUUCCAUCUUUAGCUCUGCCAGUCGCAGAUCUCAGCUAUAAAGAGCUUCCUGUGAAGACUACUGUCGUAGAACAAACAGCAGAGUUUGUGGAUAGUCAGAAAGUUAUUAAUGACCUUGAGGAACAAAACUCUAAGUUGAUUGAGGAGAAAACAAAGCUUUCUGUGCAGCUUGGGGUCCAGACUAAGGUUUGAACAAAAAAUAAUAACUAAUUUGUUACCAGUAGUUAAAAAAUAUGUCUUUUGAACCCCAAGAUCAUGACCAGGCCACUCUUCUUUGUUCCCUGCUCUGAUGACAUAACGAACAAAUUAUUUUUUAUCUUUUUUUGUUAUUGUACAAUUUCUUUGUCAAAUUUUACAGUGUGACCGAGAAAACCGUGAACACUUAAAAUAUUUCAAGAAUGUUUAUUGUAUUACGACCAAUCACAGCAAAGAUCAGGGCACGCCAACUAGCUACAAAACCACAAAAACUAAUUAAUAUUCUUGCCUGCAGUUUAGUUUCUCACGCCCAAUUGGCUUUUAUCUUGCAACACAAUAACAUUCCAGAAAUAUUUCUGGUGUGCACAGUUUUCCCAGUUUGAUUGUAAAAAUGUUCUACCAUAAACAGGCCUUCUGACAGGUCGCGGAAGAAAAAGUCAUAUUUCGCAGGAUUUUUUGGGACAAAUUCGUGGAAAAAUCGGCCAAUUUCGCGGGAUUUUGCAGAUUUUCCUGAAUUUCGCGGCCCUGCGACCGCUCGAAAUAUCAGAAGCCCUGCAUAAAAGAGAAAAUGCCAAAUACAUCUCCAAUGAAGUAGCAGUUGAUGAGCAUAACGAAAACGUUUUUAGCAACCAAAGAGUUAAAAGUGACAAAAAAAAGCAUUUGUAGUAAGUAGCAGACUUUUAAUUUUGUUGCAACGCAAGGUGUUAUUAUUUGCAUCACUGUGAGGUCCCAUCAGGAUAAAUGAAGACAGGUGACAGGGCUUGAAACAGCGACGCAAGACUGGCAGCAAAGUUGGAUUCAAACUGAACAUGAUACCAUAGAAGACAACUGAUAAUACAAUAGACAUUUUUUCCUCCUUUUCAAAAUAAUGGUUUCAAUUUAUAGUGCAAAGUCUUUUGAUAUCAAGGUACUUUUUUAUUCUCAAGUAAACAAAACUUCAUUUUCAUAUGGAAUGUUUUAAAAUUACACUUGACAAAUUCAUUUUGACAUGUAAUGUCAAAGUCUCACGUAGUCUACAUUCACAUGACGCCAGACAAAUUUUUAACCAGUUAAAAAUUUGUGCAUUUAGGUGUUCUGUUCACAUAGAACCACCUCAACCAUACCAAAAUCUAGAUGCCUAGCCAUUAAAGCUCCAUGUGAACAGAACAAAAAUAUUGAACUGUCCCGUGUGAACUAAUAAUAUUGUCCCAGCGAGUCUUUAAGAGACUGGGGGUGGGGAUUUCCGCCACUACUAUGAGGGUGGCCCCCGUCUACUUUCAAAGGAAAAUAGAAGAAAAAUAGAACCAGAAAAAACCCGUAGCUGUUUGAUUUCCCACCUACUUGUGGUAUUUACCCAGCAACUUGAAAUCUUAGUGACAACCCUGUUGUCCAGUCAAAUUUUUCAGCUGGUUGAAAAUUCAUCUUGUGCCAUGUGAAUGUAGUGUUAGUUUCUCAAGCAAAUACAAGGCAAAUUGGAAAGAGAACAAAAAGUUUAGUAGAAGUUAAUCAGAAGCUGACCCCUUUAAAGCUUUUUUCAUGCAUCCUUUCAUUUAUGCCUUUCAUCAAGGGAUGAAAAAAUUCAAAAUGAAAUUGUGAUGACAUCACAAGAGAAAGGUUUGUCUUCUUCCACUGGGUCAUGAAAGGGAAGUCUUAAGUAACGUGUUAACAGGUCAUAAAUCUUUGUUUUUCUCUCUUCUGAACAGGUAAAUGCAGAGAUAAAGAGGUUACUAGUAGCAUCAGUUGGAGAAGAUAUUGGGCAAAGGUAUUCCAAAAUUCUAUAACUGAUUCUGUUAGGUUGGAAAAAAUGUAUUUUAGAAAAUUCACAAAUUACAUGGAAACAUAUAUUGUAGGUUUCAUUUGUUUGUGUUACGUUUUUUCAAAAAGAGUUUAUUCUUCAUUUUUGUCUCAGAACUGAGUACAUGGAUUUUCUGCCUCAGCCAUUGCAAACUGUAAUACUAAUUUUACAAAAUUUUGUUGUUCUUACAAAAUCAGGUUGGAAGACUUGGUCAGUAGAAAUGUCCAGCAAACUGUUGAACUUAAACACUGGAAAAAAAUGUGUGAAGAAUACUCUGAGGAGUCGGACAGGCUUGAGAUUGAAUGUGAUGUAUGGAGAACAAAAUUUCUUGCAAGCAGGUAAGAGUGGUGUUUUACCGUCUCAUUGCUUACCGGUACAUGCAAGCUUCGCAUCUUGCUCAUCAGGAACAGUAAAAAGUUGUCAACCAAAAGAUACUGGUACUUGGAGCAAUCAACUCAGUCUUUCUUUUAUCGUCAGUGAAAAUCACACAUUUAACUAGUAUGUAAUCUUUAAAAAAAAAUUCUUCCAUAAUAAUGUAUCCCUGCAGCGUUUACACCUUAGUUGUGUGUCCCACAUACAGGUAGAAAUUUUUUAUCUCAGCUGAAUUGCUUUUGGCCCAGUUUCUCAUACUUGGCAGAAAAAAUGUGAGCUUUCACAGUCUUAAAUGAUGCAUUCUAAAAAGAUGUCAGAAAUUAUUAUAACAUCAGGGCCGAGUUGUUCAAAGCUGGGUUAAGAUAACCCAGGAUUAGUGCGAGAUUUUAAUUCAGAUUUGAAAGCUUAAAAAGCAUUUCAGUUUUACUUCUUUUUCUCUACAAGAUGAUGAUUGGAAGCUCUAAAAAUAACAGAGAAUAUUAUCCUAGAAAAUGCUUUAGAACACAAGAAAAAGAAACCAGGGUUAAAUUUAACCCCAGGUUAAGCGCUAACCGGCCUUCGAACAACUGGGCCCAGGGCUGUAACUUUAGAUUUCAAGUUGUCAGGUGUAUGCUGAUUUAAAGCAAGGAAUUGAACAGCUAGAAGGUUAAAUUGGAUCUGUUUCCCAUUUGUUUUCCUCUGAAGGUAGCCAGGGGUAUUUUUGUUAGUCGCCCAGGAAAAUCCCUAGCCCCCGGCCAAUAGUCACAGCCCUUUAGCAUGAAAUAAACGUGAACCAAUUUUCACGAAGAGAAAAGUCAAAGUGAAUGAUCGUACUUUCCCAAAAACCUCCCAAUGUUAGUAGGAAGGUCACUGUUGCUCAUUCGGAGAACUUCAGAACUCUUUUGAACAUCUUCAGAAAUCAUCGGAUGCCUAAGAAUAUUUUGAGAUCGUCUAUGAAAAAUUGUGGCACUUGCAGAGCUUCUCAUGAGGAUGAAAAUCUAAACAAGUUAACUCCCCUUUGGUACCAAAAUGUUAAAGUAAAACAUAGUGUGUUUGCCUUAAGAAUGAUGUCUGAUGAACUAUCAAGUUGGAAGGUAGCACUCUAUGCCAGAUACCGACAAGCACAGAGUGCUUUGCAGAGAUUGCUGGACGAGAGAGCUCAGCUGCAGCAGUACUUGAUUGAUACCAAGAGGCAAGUAACAAGCUUAAUUGGCUUCUAUUGACAUAAAUCUUAUGGGACCUUCAUCCUUGCUUCAGCAUCUUCUUUUUCUUCACUAACAUCCUCAUCACCAUGGUAAUAUUUAUUAGCAUGAUAGUAAUAAUAAAUUAUGAUAACAAACACUUAUAAAUAAUAAUAAUUAUCAUAAUAGUAAUCAAUAAUGAUAAUAUGAUUAUUAUAACUUUGCUAGUAAAUUGACUUUAAACAAGUAAGCACAAGCACAAGGAUCUGAGAAAAAAGAGAAAAUCUUUUUCGUUUAUUAUGGUGUUUGCUUUUACAUUGCGCACAUGCAUCAGAAGCAUUCAUUUUCUUUUGAAACAAGACUCUUACACUUGCGCCUAUACUUACAUUGCCAGUGUAAACCAGACUUAAAUGGAUGGACAUCCUAAGUGAGGAUUCAAAUGAGUUCUUUUCAGUCAAACUUGGACAGUUGGCCCUUAAAAGAGUUUGUCCUGACCUAUGUUUUUAUUUUAUUCUAUUUUGUUAUUGUUCAGUUAUUGUUUAAACAUUUUAGCUAGUUUGCAUCUUUAAUUAAUGUGGUAGAUUCCCUGCUAGGGGAGGCCUCUUUUCCGCCAAAUACCAGGGGAAAGAGGUUUCUGCUAGAGGGAGGCUGGUAGGGCUGGGCUUUACAUAAAAAAGUGAGCUACUCGUUAUUUUCAUCUGUCGAUUUGUCCUAUAAGCUUAAGUUGAUUAGUCUCCCUUGCAGCCAUUUUUUUGUCAUCUUGCAAUGCUCCUUCUUGGGGAACAUCAUUGUGUGACAGGACAAAAACAGCUUGGGAGCCUGAGAUGAUAUGAGAUAUUGUUCUCUUUCCUUGUCAGUGAAAUUACAUACAGAUACAUGGUUAGAAAACUUUAUCUGUGGGUUCUAGUUUUCAAAAGCAGCACUUCUUUUAGUCUGCUACACAGUCGCGCUUUGUGUCAUCAUCACACAAUGCUCCUGUUUGUGAGGAGGAGUGUUGUGUGAUGACACAAAAGACAGCUGUGUAGCAGACUAUACGUCGUUGGGAGAAUUUUUAAUUUUUGUAAUGUAUAACCCAUAACAUAGUAGAUUCCCAAAAUAAAGUGAAUUCUUAAGUAAUUCACUGAUUUUUUUAGUUUUUUUACAUUGCAGGUGUAUUCAGUCCUUACACUCAAUGCUGAAAAGCACAGGUGGUAUUCUUCAAGGAUCCUUUCCUUCAUUUUCCUCCGCAAAUGAACAGAACAUUGUAGUAAUAGCUUCAUUAAACAACUCCUUGGCUGAAGAAACUUUAGAUCUUGCUCAGAAUGUUUUGCCAGCGUUGUCACUCUCAGAGACAUCACUUAUGUUAACUCAUGAGUCAGUGGAGAACACAGAAAAACUCAAGAUGGGACCAACUUCUGCUGAAAAACUAGCUUUACAGGUG